UUCGGCCACAAUCCAAUCCACACAACAGGUUCACCUCGCUGCAAUAGCACGUAUUUUUAACAACAUUGUAGCAUAUUAUACGCAAACAUUUAAAAAAAAAAUAUUUCCUUUUAAUUCAUCAUUUUGGCUGUACAAAAGUUUGGCUUUUGCCUCAUCGUGUUUACUUCAAGAUGGAGGUCGAACAGAACGUGGAGCAGGCGGGAAUUUUCAAAAAGAGUUUUUCUGUGAAUUUACUGUUAAGAACAAUAUUCCAUAGUAUUAAUUGGGUUUUAUUUUGUGUGGUUGGUGUUUGGGGUGUUGUUAUGUGUUUCACAAUUGAACAAGAGAAAAUGACUGACCCUUUAUUGAGGGAUCUGAAGUAUUUGGCGGUAUUUUUCUUGACCAACUGGAAUUUUGCCUUCCAGACGUUAUUCCUGCUGCUAUCGCUGGUGCACGACGUGCUGGAGUGGCUGGACAAGCAGGACUGCCGACUGGCGGCGCGUCUGCGCUACUGGAGAGAUGUCGUCUUCUCUGGACUCGUCGUGCCUUUUACUUUGUUCGUAUCAUCGAUGUUCUGGUGCGUGUAUGCGGUGGACCGCGAGCUGGUGUUCCCGCGGGCGUAUGACGACGUGGUGCCGUGGUGGUUCAACCACUGCGUGCACACCAACAUCUCUGUCGUGGUCCUCAUCGAAACGCUGCUCCAGGCGCGCCGCCGGCCCCGGGACUUCAAGACUGAAAUAAUCGCUGUCACAGUUGUUGAUGUCGCUUAUGCUAUUGUGUACUACGCGAUCUACUUCUUCACUCACCGAUGGCUGUACAAAGUGUUCGGUGUGAUGACGUGGUGGCAGGUGUGCCUGUAUCAGCUGGUCAUCUGGGGAUCCUCCUACCUCUUCUACUUCCUUCAGUUCCCCAUCAACAGGGUGAUACAUGGGGACGUUGAGGAGACGGACAAUGCUGCAACCGGUCAAGUCACCGAACAAAUGAUAAAUGGUACCAAAGAGAUGAACGAAGAUAAAACGGAUACAGAUGCGAAAAUUUCUAGUCUAUCCAAAAAUCCUUGGAGUUUGAAAUAUAGAUCAAAUGGGAGCAAAAUCGAAAACUCACAUUUGUAAUAUUCCGGGUUAAGACAAUUGUGGGGAUUUAUUGCUGGGGGCGGAGUUCAAUGCAAUGACAACUUUACAAACAUCAGCUUCUGUAAAUAUUAAAAAAAUGUUAUCAAGAAAAACCAGUACUGUAUCGGCCUAUACUUUUAGCAUUAUUAUGUUUAUUUCUGGUCAUGUGAAUGCUUAGAAAUAAUAAUUAUUUAAUAAAUUAUACAGCAAUAAACAUUAUUAAGUAAAUUAUCAACUAAAUUUAUUUUUUAAAAGUACAAAAUGUGGAUUAAAGCUGAUGCAGUACAUACAGGUUUAGUCAUAUUGUAAUAUAUUCCAUUUUAUGCAAAAACAUCAAAAGAAGUCUUUGCUUAAACGACAUACACUAUGUUGGACUUUUACUAAUUUUAACGCGAAACAAAAAGGAAAAAUAUACUUAAACUGUGAUAUGUUAUAGAACAGGCUGAUAUAUCUAUAGGCAGAGAUCACUUCGCUAAUUUAGCGACAUCACACACGCUAGCUCGUUUGCCAUCUUAUACCUAUAUAUUAUUAUAACAAAGAGAUUCAAAUAUUAUUUCGUAAUUACUGUAAAUGUCUUUUACAAUAAAACAACUCGACAAAGUAAGAAACUUCAUAUUCAAGUUAAAGCCAAAGUGGUCGGAUGCUGGCAUUUCUUGCCUUUACGUGGAAUAGUUUGUAAAUAUAAAUUCUAUCUCUCUGUAUAUCUUUAUAUGUUUAUUAUAAAUAAUUAAAUAUAUAAA